GAUGCGUCCAUGAAGGCAAUAUGUGCAGUUUCAUACCUCAAGGUCACCACUGGGGAUGGCAAGACAGAGGUUGGGUUUGCCCUAGGUAAGGCACGACUCGCUCCACAGCCAGAGCUCACUGUACCUAGGCUCGAACUCUGCGCCGCAGUAAUGGCGGUUGAAAUGGCAGAGGUCAUAUGUGAAGAGAUUGAUCACCCUAUAGACAAAACCAGUUUCUAUACAGACAGCAAGGUGGUUCUUGGUUAUAUUCACAACCAAUCCAGACGUUUUUAUGUCUAUGUAAACAAUCGUGUGUGUCGUAUUAGAGAGUCAACUACUCCAGAGCAAUGGCAUUUCGUUACGACCGACCAGAAUCCUGCUGACCACGGCUCACGAUCAGUUCCAGCUGCUGAGUUAGAACACACGACAUGGUUCACAGGUCCAGCGUUUCUCCAGUGCCCUUCAUACAUCCGUCUAGAGCAGACUGAUUACAAAUUGCUGGACCCAGACAACGACACAGAGGUGCGCCCAGAGGUAAAGACACUUUGCACUAACAUAACAAAGGAAGUUUUGGGCUCAGGACGUUGGGAGCGUUUCUCCACAUGGCGCUCACUUCGGAAAACCAUGUCAAACUUGAUUCACAUCGCACAAUGCUUUUCACAAUCAAACGUUGAGCCAAACUGUAAAGGAUGGCACAUUUGUAAAACGGCCAUCACCCCAGAACUGUUAGAUCAAGCAGAGACAAUGAUCAUUAAAAAUGUGCAGUUUGAGACAUAUGCAGACGAGAUAAAGAGGAUCUCUGAAAAACAGAACCUCCCUAAAAACAGCCCGCUGGUAAAACUAAACCCUGUGAUUGGAAGUGACAAUCUGCUGAGAAUUGGUGGUCGCAUUAAUCGCGCGGGGCUGGGAGUAAAAGACACCAACCCAGUAAUCUUGCCAGGCAGUCACUACAUCACUACCCUCCUUGUGCGCCACCACCAUGAGAAAGUAAGCCAUCAAGGCAGGCAUUUUACAGAGGGCGCUGUCCGAGAAAGUGGCUUGUGGAUUGUAGGAGGGAAAGGAUGCAUUAGCAGAGUCAUAAGUAAAUGUGUGACAUGCAAGAAGCUGAGAGGGAAGUUUGAGGAGCAAUUAAUGAGUGAUUUGCCCGUAGAUCGCCUCCAAGUUGAGCCCCCCUUUUCUUACGUGGGCAUGGACAUGUUUGGCCCAUGGGAAGUAACUACAAGGCGAACAAGAGGGGGACAAGCAAACAGAAAGCGGUGGGCAAUAUUAUUCACGUGCCUGUGUACAAGGGCUGUCCACAUUGAAGUAGUGGAGGAGAUGAGCUCUUCAAGUUUCAUUAACGCACUGAGGCGUUUCUUCGCCCUCCGAGGACCCGCAAAACAGCUGCGCUCGGACUGCGGCACUAAUUUCAUUGGUGCUCACAAAGAGAUGGCCACAAAUGCACCAGAGGACAAAGUGCAACACUUUCUGCAGGAUCAGAAGUGUUCCUGGGUUUUUAAUCCUCCCCAUUCUUCCCACAUGGGGGGAGUAUGGGAACGGAUGAUUGGUUUAGCACGGCGAAUACUUGAUAACAUGCUGCUGCAAACUGGUCAUGUUCAACUCACUCAUGAGAUUUUGACCACAUUUCUUGCAGAAGUCACAGCUAUAUUAAAUGCACGACCGUUGUUGCCAGUAUCAUCAGACCCAGAACAUCCUCACAUUCUCUCACCGGCGAUGCUGCUGACACAAAAGACUGGAGUUGUACCCACCAUCUGUGAUGAUGUAGGACCCAAAGAAAUGCUCAGAAGCCAUUGGAAGCGGGUUCAGUUCCUUGCAGACACUUUCUGGAGCAGAUGGCGCAAGGAGUAUCUGCACAGCCUCCAAAUUCGUCAAAAGUGGCACCACAAGAACAUUGACAUUAAACAGGGAGAUGUCGUUCUCCUCAAGGACAAACAAACAAGAAGAAAUGAGUGGCCAAUGGGCGUAAUCGUAAAGACAGUUGCGAGUGAAGAUGGAAUCAUCAGAAAGGCCGAAGUUAGAGUUGCUUCCAAGGGAAAUGUUAAGACUUAUUAUAGACCCAUUUCUGAAAUGGUUUUUCUGUUAUCUAGUGAUGUUUAGAUAUCUGUUGUGGUAUCCCUAAGAUACCAGGCGGGGAGUGUUCUGACUAUUGUCAAAAUUGUACAUGUUUUGUUUGGUUAGUGCACUGGCCCUUUAAGAGAAAGGCAUGGUCUGUGUGCGGACAGGGGAAGUGUAAAAGACUCAGACAAUCGACUGAUUAAUGUGAUCUAUGCUGUGAAAGGCUGAUAAAAAGGCAUUCCCUUUUCACACCUGCCAUAUAAAGCGAAGUCUAAACCCACUCUGGCGUCAGUGACUUUUGUGUGGAGGUGUUUAACUCCUGGAUAGUAGAAAGUGGUUCUACG